GGAGGAUGAUUUCUCAAUUUAUUUGCGUGUUGUGCAGUUGAGUUGUCUGUUUAGUUUCCGAAAGGGAAAGGGUCGUGUUUGUCACGUACACUGUCUCCGUACCUGUAGUCGUACACGUACUCUCGUUUCUUUUGUUGUGACGCACCACUCACAGUUUCCAUUGUUUUGAAAAAAAAAUAAGCUGAUAACUAUUUGUGUUGUGUGUGGCAAAAAUAAAUAUUAUAUUGUCGCAUUUCCGUAGGAUCCGCAGGAUGUCAUCCUCGAAAAACGCAGUUGUGAAUACAACAAAUGACGAUGCUUUAGGCGAGUCCUGGGUAGAAAUUGCAGGCAACUAUGCUCAAGGAGGUGGAACACCGGCUUCAGUAACUCAACAGCUUACAACUGAGGACUAUCUGCGCUUACUUAGAGAAGCGCAGGAAUCUAAUCAGUCAUCUUGCAAAGCCUCAUUGGCUGGCUCCCUUAGGGACUCUCCUAGAAGUAGCCCCAAAUCACCUCCGAACAGUCCUAUAAUCCAAGGCAGUCCGAUGAAUCUGGAAUGGCAGUCAUAUUAUAUUAACUCUGAAUCUUCAGAGCUGAAGGAUUUUCUUACUGAUUGGAGUAGUCGUCCAGAUUGUGUUCCGCCAAAGUCAUGGAGUUUCCGCGUCCCUAGCUCUGCUAACAAAAAGCAUGACCACAAGUUCAGCCUCCGUCAUGCCAAAAUAGGGAACACUUCCCUUUUCUCCAAAAGAGGACUUUGCAUUAUGUUCCUCACCAAUCUGUUUUCUUUGCUGAUUGGAACUGGAGUGGGUUUAUUUUUGAACCGUCAGAAUAUGGCUGCUCCAGCCAUUAAAGUUCGUUAGACUAUAAGUAUAUUAUUCUAUCUACUAUCGCCCAAAGCUAUGAAGCAAAUGUGCCCUAUAUUACGAUAUUAUCUAGUUUUGUACCAAUUAAAAGUGUGUAGAAUUUCUUAUCAUUGUAGCUUAGAUAUUAACUAACCAAUUGAUGUUGAUUUAACUUUUGUGGGUCUGGAUAUUUGCCCGUGGAAUGACAAUUUCUUGAUAGCUUUGGAAUAUUGGCUUCUGAAUGAGACUGGAAUUUUUCUACUGUUUUAGAAAUUAGUGUUAAAACACUUAACUUUUUUGCCUAUUUUGUUUUUGUUUUGUUUUUUAAUUUCAUCAAUAAAUUAUUUACUUUAUUUUGUUACCUCAUUCAUAAAAAAAGGAAUUUGUGGGAUCCGUUGGAUUUGAAGAGUACAUUUCAUAUAUUAUCUAUUACUAAGUUAAAAUUACCUAAAGGAAUUUAUUGUGAAAUAGGGCGUUACUGAUUAGAAUGGCGCUAUCUAUGGAACUCGCAUAGAGAUAGCUAACGCCUUAUUAGUUAUUGACUUUCUUGGUUUGUCUUGAGCUUGAUCUCUAUGUUCCCGAUUAUGUUAGGAGAAAGGAAAAUAAUAAUCUUGUUAGGAUUUAGAUAUAGUUUUAUAAUUAUUAGUAAUUAUUCAAAUAUGUGUUUCAGAUAACAAAAAUAAAUUUUGUAACUUAUAUUA